AUGAGUGGCUACACAAAGCACUUCGUUCCCCUUGAGUCUAAUCCCGAUGUCUUCACCUUGCUCAUUCAUCAGCUUGGAGUCUCCGAAGCUCUGUCAUUCCAAGAGGUCUUGUCACUCAACGACGUGGCAUCGUUUCCGCGCCCAGCACUGGCACUCAUUCUUAUCUUCCCUACCUCAGAGACGUACGAAACCCACAGAUCUAUUGAAGAUGCGGAUCGAGAAGAAAACACUGGGCCUGAUGCGGAUGGUACGAUCUGGUUCAAACAGACAAUCAAUAAUGCCUGUGGCCUUUAUGCCAUUCUCCAUGCUGUCUGCAAUGGGGAUGCAGUGAGUUUCAUUGAUCCAGAUUCUCUCCUAGCAGAACUUCUUCGUCAUCGAAAUGUACCACCACGAGACUUCGCACGGACUCUAGAAGCCUCCGCGAGGCUUGAAGAAACAUACAGCAAAGCUGCUAUGGCAGGUGACAGCAAUGUGCCAGAAGACGCGGAAGAGGAGGUUGAUUAUCACUACGUGUGCUUUGUCAAGAACAGACAUUCCCACAUCCUCGAACUUGAUGGUGAUAGAAAAGGCCCAAUCGACAAAGGGCCACUGUUGAACCACGACGAUGAUCUGCUUAGCGAGGCUAGCAUGGCAGUUGUGCGAGGUUACAUUGAACGAGAGCGAGGUCACAACCUUGGGUUCAACCUCAUGGCUCUUGUCAGGACUGCACGCGACUAG